UGCAAUUCUGAGGCACAAAAGUAGGUGAGACUGCUUUUGUAUCUGCGAAGUGCUUCACUCCUGAAUGUAAUUCUAGCUGAGUACAAUCUAGGUUAAGAGCCGGACAAGCGGGUAAUUAGAGCCCGCUCGCUGCCCGAGGACCGGCCGCCCCGCCGAAGCGCGCCCGGAGUCGGCGCCCUUCUCCCGGCGAGCCGAGCUGCGGCUGGACACGGAGCGCCCGAGAUGAUGGUGCUCGACAAGGAGGACGGCGUGCCGAUGCUCUCCGUCCAGCCCAAAGGGAAGCAGAAGGGCUGCGCGGGCUGUAACCGCAAGAUCAAGGACCGCUACCUGCUGAAGGCUCUGGACAAGUACUGGCACGAAGACUGUCUCAAGUGCGCCUGCUGUGACUGCCGCCUGGGCGAGGUGGGCUCCACCCUCUACACCAAGGCCAACCUCAUCCUGUGCCGACGCGACUACCUGAGGCUGUUCGGCACCACAGGAAACUGUGCUGCUUGCAGCAAGCUGAUCCCAGCCUUCGAGAUGGUGAUGCGGGCCCGGGACAAUGUGUAUCACCUCGACUGCUUCGCCUGCCAGCUCUGCAACCAGAGAUUUUGUGUGGGAGACAAAUUCUUCCUGAAGAACAACAUGAUCUUGUGUCAGAUGGACUAUGAGGAGGGGCAGCUCAACGGCACCUUUGAAUCCCAGGUGCAGUAACGCCCAUUGCCCGGCCUCCAGGCCCGUCUGUCUGUCUGCCCACCUGCCCACCGCCUGGCUGGCCAGCCACUGUCCUGUCACAUCAGAACUUCUCCACCCUGGAUGGGAGAGACAGCCCUUCCUCCACUGCUGCCACCUGUCUGUGUGUGACCCCUCCUGGGGCUAGGCUGGGCCUGUACAGUCUGUCUUCUGUAUAUAAAUGGGAACAUUUAUUUUAUGAGAAAUGUAAUGCGAUUUUAUUACUGGCGUGGAUUAAACUUAUGAAUGUUUCCGGGGAGGUUA